CUACAACCAGUGCAAUAUUUUAAAAAUGCGUCAAGUCUUCUAGGUCAUGUGAUUAAAAAUGAAUCGAGGAAACGUUGUCAUCUCUUCAAAUUGUACAAGGCGUUCUACUCGGAUUUCCCGUCCAGCUUGUGACGUUCCAAAAGUUUCUGGAUGCAAAACGUCAUCUAAGAAACAAGAUAAGUGGAACCUAGAUAUACAAACUGACUGUGGUAGUCAACAAGCUCCUUCUCAUCUACAGAAACAGUCACGAAAGUGUAGUAGGCGAUCCAAUCGCAGAACGACAGCGAGAGAGUCAAGUCUUCUGAAGGGUAGGUCGCACAUUGCAGAGGAUGUCAUUUCUGAAAAUGGUGACAGUUCGUUGACAGAUAACCAUUUAGAAGUGAAAAGUAACUUUGGUAGUUCGGAUGAUUUUGAAUCUGAUUCUCUAAGUGAUGAUAAGUUGCCCAAAAAAAAGAAAACAGCUAACUUGCUCCUGUUUUCGGAGUUCAAACCUAAACAUAGACAGAAAAGAACAACAAAAUCACUGAAGAAAGCUAAUGUACCUGAAGAUCCUCAUUGCAACUUAGAAAGCGAUUCAGAUGAUGAAAUCGACUGGGUUGAAGUGAAUGAUGAAGCGACCACCGAGGUAGAGUUCAUGAAUAAAUUGCUAAGUUGCAAUACAAAUACUGUAUCUAAAGAACUUGAAGAGAUAAAUUCUACACCACUAACUAUAGCUGUUCCUCUUGCAAGUGCUUCCAAAAAGCAUUCUAAACAAGAUCCAAAACUUCUUGAAGCACUUGCAUUAAGACGCAAAAUAAAAGAACACUACGCAUUAAAGCAUUUAGUUCAUGUACUAUGUUUUCUUGCCCAUAGUCGUGUGGUGAAUCAGGCUUGUGACAGCUGUUUAUGUCAGGCGUUGGGUCUUUCACUUCUGGCUAAGACUAAUUCAGUGUACAAUCAAAAGACGAAACAAUUCAUUCAGUUAUCUCUGUGGUCAGUGGAGCAUUUAGAAGCGUGUGUUGUUACAUUUUUAUCUCAUCAGGGAGUGCAACUACUUAAUGAAGGAAAUUCACCUGGUAAUUAUGAGUAUCAGCUUGUUCAUCGUCUGUCAGAGUAUACGGCAACUGCAGGGGAUUGUCUCAUACUUCUUGUUGCAGCUCUUCGUUCACUUGGACUCGAUGUACGGGUGAUUCUUGGUCUGUCUCCACUGCCUUUAUUACCCAAUGAAGCCACUACCAUUAGUCCUGCUACUGCAACUAAAGAAGUUAAACCAAUUAAACAAAAGAAGUCCAAUCGCAAAAUCAUCUCUUCGGAUGAAGAUGACAUAUUUGACGCAGAUGUGAAUAGUGACUCACCUGCUGAUAACUUAAAGCCUGGUAUUUCUUUAUUUGCUGAAGUAUUUCUACCGAAGCUAGAUCGUUGGGUGUGUAUUGAUCCGUCGUCUCUGCCAGGUGUUGUGGAUAAAAUAAAUUUUAAACAUGGCUUUUUGUAUGUUAUCGGUGCUUGCUCUGUAAAGUCAGCAGAUCCCAAUUUGGUAUCUUACGUCGGUAGGAAUCCUGUUGAUUUGUCUCCACGUUAUGUUCAAGAUUGGUGUGUCUCUGCUCGCAGUCAUCGUAUAUCUGCAGAGAAAUGGGAUAGUUUGCUGAAUAUGCAAAGCCGAUUUUUCGACCAUGAUGCUGUUGAACACGAUGCAUUAGUAGUGAGGUCAGAUACACUCUCCACUGCUCAACGAGAUAGAAUGGAUAAAGAUUCAAUAAAUGCUAAACUUUUAUCCCAACCUCUGCCAAAGCGUAUACAGGACUUUAAAAAUCACCCACUAUAUGUUCUCCAACGUCAUUUACUCAAAUUUCAAGUUAUUUAUCCGACUGAUGCAAUCCCUUUGGGAUUCUUUAACAAUGAACCAGUUUAUUCUCGUGAUUGUGUUCACCUCUGUCAUACUAGAGAGUCAUGGCUGAAAGAAGCAAUGGUAGUUCGUGAGCAUGAAAAGCCAGCAAAAAUUGUUAAAGCUCGAUUAUCAAUGAAACGUAAAUUAUUACAGGGUUCUGAUUCUACACCACCAACUACUGAAGUUUUUGGUCCAUGGCAAGUUGAACCAUAUGUACCACCGGUAGCUGAAAACGGUAUCGUCCCACGUAAUGCCCACGGAAAUGUAGAGUUAUUUAAACAAUGUAUGUUGCCAGUAGGCUGUGUACAUAUAUGCUUAUCGGGCAUUCAGCAUGUCGCUAAAAAACUUGGCAUUGAUUGUGCAGAAGCCAUUGUCGGUUGGUCAUUUCAUGCAGGCGGUUGGGCUCAUCCAAAAACGGAAGGUUAUGUUGUUUGUAAAGAAUCUGUGCCAGUUUUAAUUGAUGCAUGGCGUGCAGAGCAAAUGAAUGCAGCCAAAGCAGCGAACGAAGAACGUACAGAACGUGCACUAGAAAACUGGAAACGUUUAGUUCGUGGAAUUUUCAUAUGGCAUCGAGUUAAAGCGCAAUUCGCUUUGGCUCCCUUGCAUAGUGAACGAGCCACUGUUGAAAAAUUUGAAAAAAGCAAGAAAAACAAGGCUGCAACCAUACACACUAAUGAUAUAAGUACUAUUUCAUAUAAAAAAGAGGCAUUAACUCAGUCGUCUGCUGAUUUUGAUAUCUCGCAAAAAGCAUAUGCAAGUGAAGGAUGGAUACGUUUAGGUGCUGCUGAUAAAGCACAUUUGUUACCUAAAAUACCUGUAGAUGUUAAAAAGUGCGUUCCUAAACGGCGUAAUCCAACUAGAGCAAAACGCAAAGCGCAUAAGUACGAGGAAUCUUCUAGUGAAGAGUCUUAUACACAAAUACCGAGUACUAAAGAUGAUGAUUCAGCCCAUGAAUUUGUGGAUGAAGACAGUUUCAGUCAAUAGGUAUGUUCACAACUUUUUAUGCAUUUUUUUAUGAAACAAGGUGUUUGUUUCUCCAUUACUGUUUUUAACCUCGUAUAGAAAAAUUUUUGUUUCUGUAUGGAGAUUGUUUUCUCACUGAUAUAUCCGACAUCAACGUGAUCACACCCGCGUAGAGCAAGGGUUCAACG